AUGCACCCAGGUGACAACAUCUCCCGCCCCUUCAAGCAAAGGAAAAGCCUUGCCACCAGGAUGCAGGAGGUGACCCAGAUCCGCCUCAAAUACCCCAACAAGAUCCCGGUGGUGGUGGAACGUUACCAGAAGGAGAAGACCUUACCCCCCUUGAGCAGGACCAAGUUCCUGGUGGGCCAAGACCUGCCCCUCUCCCAGUUGGCCACCACCCUUCGGACACAACUCUGUUUGGCCUCCUCCCAAACCUUCUACCUGCUGGUGGACAACAAAGGGUUGCCCAACAUGGCCAUCACCAUGCAGGAGCUCUACCAGGCCAACAAGGAUGAAGAUGGCUUUCUCUACCUGACCUACGCUUCCCAGGAGAUGUUUGGCAGCUCUUCCCUCAGCCCAUCAGCACCUGCUUGA